AUGAGUCGUAUGAGAUGUGGAGUCGGUUGUUGUGCUGGGUGGGAUAAGAAGUUGAUUUAUAUUGCUACGCAUUUUGUGAAGAAAGGGGAGGUUAAGUCCAAGGGUUAUGUUUUGGGGGAUGGGUCUUGGUUUGGUGGACGUAAUGCUAGAUUUGUGGCGCAGGAAGGAGAGGCAGAGAAGAUUGAGGAGAAGUAUAUCUUGACUACUGGCAUUAAUAAGUACGUCAUCAAGUUUGGUCGAAUGACGAAUCAUCCCGAGGUGUUGUUAGCUUCGAGUGGGCUUUUGCCGGAGAAACCAGUGACUCUCUCUGGGGAAUCAACUGCUCUUCUCGUUGGCGAAGCUACAAAAGCCAAAGACAAGCAGAAUGAAAUUGUCGAAGGACCGGGUGCCUGGACAUGGGAGAAGACCGUUGUGGAGAAUGAGAAAGGAUUGAAAUACCUAUGCAGAGCACUUUAA